AGGAGCUUCAGCAGCCACUGGUGUUCUUUCAAAGAUGGCGGCGGUGGUGAGCAAGAUGGAAGAUAAUUUUCUUGACAAUUUAAACUAAUUUCAAGCGUGUAAAACGAAAUUUAUUACUUACAAGUUGGGACUUUCCGCUGAAGACUUGACCAUGGAAGACGAACAGUGCCUAGCUAUGGGCAACAUUUAAGCUGAGUGCAUUGUGAUUUCCAAUAAUUGAGACAGUGAUUCUAAAAAGCUGUCUACAUUAAUGAAAAGAACAAUGUAGUCAGCUUAACAUAAUCAACAAUUACAUGACCAAAAGAGAGUGUGUUUUAGAGUAACGAGGAAUGUUUCUCCACACGUCUUUAAGUAGUCGAAAACCUCCAUUAAAGGGGAAAGAAAUAAUCAUUUUUUAAUAAUUCAGUUGUAUACAUUUCCUCCUUCUCUGUAUUUUUAGAAUAGCAUUAUUCAUUGUUGAAAUGGAGACUGAUGAAAUUCUGCCGCCCCUCCCACAAGGGCCACCUGAUGCUUUGAGCUUGGACAGCCUUAAUAGUCCCCCACCGUUGCCGCCAAGCACACAGCCUCCACCACCUCCCCUGCAAACGUCCAGUGACGCAGAGGAAAUGGACGUUAGCUCAGGUGGUGAUGGACAGACAGACGCCCCAGCAGGGGACACUGAAACGACUGGCGCAGAACAGCUCCUCGCGAAGGGAUCUGCUUCCUUCACCAGCCGUCUCGCAGACGAGCCAGAUUCGAGCCCCCUGAACCCGAGAACCGCUCGGCACGCGCCGCCCGUCACCAAGUUCUUGCCCGACUUGAAGCUACUGAAAGACGUCAAGAUUAGCGUGAGCUUUACAGAGAGCAGCAGGAGCAAAGACAGGAAGGUAUUGUACACUGGGAAGGGUCAGGAGGUGCAGGCGGACACCCAGCUUAGCAGUGAUGGCGUAAACGGCGAGCUGCAUGAUGCCGAUCUGGGGUUAGCUGAUGGGCAGGGUCAGGGUGAUGCCACUGUAGAUGCAGGGAGGAAGGGUGAGGACGUGGAGGCUGACUUGGAGAAGAAAGUAGAAUUUGCGGUUCUGGAUGAACUCGAGGAUUUCACUGAGAAUUUUAUGGAGACUGGAGACGGAGACCAAGGAGGUUUCCAGUCUGAGGUGAUUGUUCAGCAGGAGCAAGCAGAUGAGGAAACCCUGAAUUAUUCCUAUGAGGAGGAUUUUGAUAAUGAUGUGGAUGCGUUGCUGGAGGAGGGCCUGCCUGUGCCAAAAAAGAAGAUGAGGCUGACUGAGGACAAGUAUGGCGGAGACAGUGACCAUCAGUCGGAUGGAGAGACCAGCGUCCAGCCCAUGAUGACCAAAAUUAAAACUGUGCUAAAGAGUCGAGGUCGUCCACCUACAGAGCCACUGCCUGAUGGAUGGAUCAUGACAUUCCAUAACUCUGGCAUUCCAGUCUACCUUCACAGGGAAACCAGAGUAGUUACCUGGUCAAGACCUUACUUCUUAGGAACAGGGAGCAUUAGGAAACACGAUGCUCCGACCAGCAGCAUUCCCUGCCUGCACUACAAAAAAAUGAAGGAGCAAGAGGAAAGGGAACAAAACGGAGAGGUGACGCCGAACCCCGGGAACUCCCCGGUGAAAACUGGGGAGGGGGUCCCCGACGCGGAGCGGGUGGACGAGCCGGACUCCACGGCCCCGGAGGAGUCGGCCGCCGGCGCCUCAGGGGUCCCGGGGGAAGAGGCAGUUCCUGCUGGAGGGGUCUCGGAGGACAAGGAUCCCCAUACCAUUGACACCGCACAGGGAGCCCUGGGACAGGUCAAGGCAAAGGUGGAGGUGUGCAAAGACGAAUCCAUAGACAUUGAGGAGUUUCGGAGUUACUUGGAAAAGUGUUUUGAUUUUGAGCAAGUCACUGUGAAGAAGUUUCGGACCUGGGCGGAGAGGAGGCAGUUCAACAGAGAGAUGAAGAGGAAGCAGGCUGAGGCAGAAAGGCCCAUCCUGCCGGCUAAUCAGAAGCUCAUCACUUUGUCUGUACAAGACGCCCCUACAAAGAAAGAGUUUGUCAUAAAUCCAAACGGGAAAUCGGAGGUGUGCAUUCUACAUGAGUACAUGCAGCGGGUCCUCAAGGUUCGACCAGUUUAUAAUUUUUUUGAAUGUGAAAACCCAAGUGAGCCCUUUGGAGCCUCAGUCAUUAUAGAUGGAGUAACAUAUGGCACAGGAACUGCAAGCAGUAAGAAACUUGCCAAGAAUAAAGCUGCUCGAGCAACACUGGAAAUCCUUAUUCCUGAUUUUGUGAAACAGACAUCUGACGAAAAGCCCAAAGAUAGCGAUGAAUUGGAGUAUUUUAACCAUAUCAGUAUUGAAGACUCGCGGGUAUAUGAAUUGACCAAUAAAGCAGGAUUGCUGUCACCAUAUCAGAUUCUUCAUGAGUGCCUUAAGAGAAACCAUGGAAUGGGUGACACCAGCAUAAAAUUUGAGGUGAUUCCUGGUAAAAACCAGAAGAGCGAAUAUGUGAUGACUUGUGGGAAACACACUGUACGAGGAUGGUGUAAAAAUAAGCGAGUGGGGAAGCAGCUUGCCUCACAGAAAAUCUUGCAGCUUCUUCAUCCACACGUCAGAAACUGGGGGUCACUUCUCCGCAUGUAUGGGAGGGAGAGCAAUAAGAUGGUGAAAAAGGAAAACUCAGACAAGAGUGUGAUAGAACUUCAGCAGUAUGCCAAAAAGAACAAGCCAAACCUUCAUAUCCUGAACAAACUGCAGGAAGAGAUGAAGAAACUGGCAAAAGAGAGGGAAGAAACCAGGAAGAAGCCAAAAAUGACCAUAAUGGAAUCAGCCCAGCCUGGCAGUGAGCCCUUGUGUACUGUUGAUGUGUAGUAAACUGUAACCAACCAACCAAUCAAAAUGGCACUGACCAAUGGUAUCCAUCAUUACCAUCGGAGCACAUGUCCACACCCACCUGCUUGGAUUAUACAUUAUGCAGAGUGAAAUGGCAAUAGAACUUAAAUUUAAGGAUACCUCUGUUACUGAAGUACUGUUAAAGUGAUUGAAAUAUUUUAUUUUGGCACAUUUUACAUUUAAUGGAAAUUAUAACAGGAUAAGCUUGCUAGUGGAAGUACAGGUAUAGUUUGAACUGCAUUCAUCUCUACUCAUAUUUUACCUAAAGCACUUUUUUCUCUCUCUCAUCUGAUGAACCACAUACAGUUACUGAUUACCUGUAAUUCAAUACAAAUUACUGGUACCUGUACCUCAGUGGGGUUGUAAAGUUUUGAAUUCACAGAAAUAUGCAGUUAUUUGAACUGUGGAGGGAAAGGAAUUGAUUCUUGGCUGGAAUUGUUUACUGUCAUAUGACAAAAGCUCUUUUGCAAAUGUGCUGACCAGUUUGGGAAAACCUACAUUUCUUAACACAGUGGUUACUAGUGGUUUCUUUUAAUGUGAACCUUGACAAGAUUGUAUUUAUAAUUACCAGUGAGUUCCUUUCAGCUGAAAGCCAAUACACCAAAUUGAUUACUUUUACUUAAGAAAAACUGUUUAACAAUUUCAGAAACUGACUCAAGUCUUUUCACUGGGAAUCUACAUUUACUUUUUUUAUCACAAUUGUAGCUCAGUACUGGAUGUAGCUACAGCUGUAGCUGGAUGUAGCUACAGCUGUAGCUGGAUGUAGCUACAGCUGUAGCUGGAUGUAGCUCUGUGUUUGUGGCAGAAAUUGGACAACAACUCUAUAACUGCUUCAUAGGGAAGUGCCUAUGCCCAUUGCAAAGCAGUUUAACUCCAUUUCAGGUUUGGUGAGCUGCAAGCGUCUGUAAACCAGCACAAAGAGCUUAGUAUUUAAAGAAGUCUACGUAGUGUAGAUCAAAAUGCUAUGCAUUCUUUGCAUUUUAAGGAAAUCUACAUAGGGCAGAUCAAAAUGCUACAUGGUAGAAGUCUUUUUUAUUAAUGUUUUUUGUAUGUUUUAGGUGAUGUGUAAUCCGUAGAGCACACCUUAAGGCUGUGGGUAAAGACUGAAUUUGUCUAGUGUAACUUUUAACUGGAUAAAUGUAACACUUAAGCUAGGUAAAGAGCUGUUUCUAACCUAGCAACACAUAGAAAAGCUGCUGAAGUUUCUUUCCCUGAGGACCAGAACCCCAGGUGCAGAGUUUAAAGGUGGAUGUUUAACUACACGUGAAAGCCACGCAGUGUGACUUAAAUGAAAGUCAGCUGCAGUAUUCAUUUGCCCAUUAAACUAACAGUAUGACCCCUAUUAAAGACAAAAGAUUGUUCAUAUUCAAAAGCAGAAUUUUAUGAGCAAGACUAAGCCUCAUUAUGUGGAAAGAGAUCAUUUUAAGUGUGCUACUGUGCAAAUUUCGUUUACAGAAUAUGUAACCGGGGCAAGGGAAGGAGGAAAGGGAAUCCCCUUUAGCAUGCUGAAAAUCCAUACUAACAAUCUUAAAACUUUUAAGGACAGACAUGUGAAUAAUAGCUUUGUAUAUGUUAGAAAAAGAAAGUAUUUUUAUUGCCUUUUGUUUGGAAAUGCAGGAUGAAACAUAUCAAAAGGUCAGUUUUAAUGGCUGGUCUACCAAGCUAACGUCAUGCUUUCCAACUGUCAGCGCUGCGGAGGACACAAGCACAAGGGCUUGAGGUACUGUAGUUUGGCUUGUGUAACAACAAUGUGCACAAGGCUCUGGUUUAUUAUUUGUUAUUUUUAGUUUUUUUUUGCAUUGGAAGUGAACACCUAAUUGAGAUAAAAUGUGCAUGUUGAAAGCUUUCGUAGUUGCUACAAAGUAACUUGAGAUGUUCAGUGUUUGCUUAAUAAAGGUAAGCCUCCAGUGGUAGCUAGGAAUUCAGAUUUAAAUAGUGGGAAAUUGUAACUCUGGAUUAUUUUCUUUUUACACUAAAUCGAAAUGGUAAUGGUAUGUAUUGCCUUAGCAUACUUUUUUCGCUAAAGGGCUUGUGUUGCGAAUGCAAAGGAACAUGCUGGAAAACAGUCCCUUUAACGUUUUGGGAAACACUAAGCUCUUUUACUUGAGUCUGUUAUUUAGUGAGAAUAAGCUACAGUAUUUGCUGUGGAGUGAAAGAUGACGUGUCGGUGAUAUUGAAAUUCUGGUAAAACAUUGCCUUUAGCAUGUGCUGAUUUUAAUUGUCUUAAUGGGUUGUGUGUCUGUAUACAGUAAAUGUCUGUUUGCCAUCUACUUAAUUCAUCGCACUUGUCAAUCAAGGAAAAUGAAGGUACUCUCCUUUACCUCGAACAAAAACUUUCAUUUCAUUUAAUACAAAAUUCCAUUAAGUAGUAAAAUAGCUAAUGAAGCAGUGUGAACCAAAGCUUAAAUAAUACUGUCUUAUGCAUUUUUAUAGACUAGAUUGCUGCAUCAAAUAUACAGGAGGAAAAAAAAAAUGCAAUAACUGCUGGAACAAAAGUCAUUUCAACUACUGUACACUGUCAUUGUGUGAAUUAUUUCAGUGUACGUAUGCUUUUUUUCUUAAUGCUUACUGCAUUAAUAUUUUUUGUUCAAAAGGCAUUUUCACUGUUGCACAUGAGCACAAAGCUGCUGUAAUAAGGAUUAGAAUGAUGCUUUAAGAAUGUGCUUUUCGUAUAACUGCCCAGAAAGAGUACUGACAUUGAGUCUGUCUUGCAGAAGUGUCUUUAGUGUGUGCUGAAAACAUGCUUUUUUUACAUGUUACCGUUUGACUUGUAACAGUGUGGAAUUCUUUGCUAGAGGUAACGCUGCCUAGAAAAUGAAGUAUGUCCUGUAAUGUGACUUACGUGUGUGGACUUUUUCAGUGAAAUUCGUUUAUGCAAAUAAAACUUUUGUCUUACCACAGCA